AUGAAGGAACAUGGACGCGAAGUGCUGCUCUCCACUAUAACCGAAGCCAUUCGCAGCAGCACCGUCGCGACAGGUCCAUGUGCACUGCGAGGUACGGCCAGGGUGCACGUGCUAUUUUCAACACCUUCAUCAGCAAAGGAGCUCUACCCAUUCGCGCAUGUAGACCCACAGAGCUCGAAGCCGCCGCCAAAGCCUCUCGAUGCUUUUGUCGAGCACGUGUUUUGCACAGUGAGCUGGGAGGAUGCGCACUCCGACGAGGCUACGACAGAGUGCGCAACAGCCAAAGAGGGACAAGGAUCUUCGCAGCACACAGGCAGGCUGAUAUACGCUCUCGAAUGCUAUCUCUACACCAUUCCCGCUCAGCGAGCUGCGGUGCUCUACGUCAGUAAAGUCGACUCUACAGGAUGGGCACCUCGAGCAGUCGAUGCGAACUUGGUGGACUUUGUCCAAGGAUUCGAGAAGCAGUCGUCGAACGCGGUACAUCCCAAGUCGCAGCCUACAUCUCUAGUUCGACUCACUACCACAGCUUUCCUCUCGCAUUUUGCCAGCCUACGACACUGGGAAACCAAACACGCACCGAUCACGCAUUGUUCAAUCCAUGUCCUGGCGCGUUCUCAAGGCGCCUAUCUCUUCCCCAGCUCUCCAGAAAACCCCUUGAAGCGCGUCUUGCCAGAUGGCAAAUUGAUAGCCUGGUGGAGACAGGUCCUGAGCGAUGUGAACGCAUCGACGGGCUACAAGGGGAGAAACUUUUACAUCGUUCCAGGGUACGACAACGGUACAGCAAGAGAGCUGCUACCUGCCGCGCCGAUCGGAGAGGAUGAUGCGCUUUCGCGAUCGAAGUGGGUGUACGGACAUCCAUACACCAGGGGUUUGCAACAGUCGCCGCCCUUGCCUUUGCACCGCAAGUCUACAGACGGUCGUUCAGAUGCGGAACGCAUUCACAAUGGUCUUAGGUCCCAUGGCAGUCCUGCAACUUUGAUGCCUCACUUUCCAGACGAUCCAAAGAGCCGCUUCAUUUCAGAGCUUGCAAGGGACGCUCACGAGCUCGCCAGUGGGCCCGAAACGGCGAGUACAAGCGAGGCAGGCGACGAUGAUGACGAAUCGGACCGAGCCAGCAAGCGCGCUCGAUUAGAGGACUCGAACACUGCAGCUCAUGGUGAAAGGCUACCAACGGAAACGUCUCAGGCCGCGACGCACGCUCCCGCUCAUUCGCUCGCAAUGUCCACGCGACAACCCACCGCGCCUUUCAAAUCGCUUUUUAAAGAACGCGCAGCCCUAGACGCAAUAUCUCCGGACGAAUUCUGGGAAAGGAUGGGCUUCAGACAAGAAUGCUGUGCUGGAAACGCCGUAGGCGUCUUUGUCUGCAUCUUUGAAGUCUAUGAGGCGGGCGAGGAUUCGAAGCGAGAGGAGAAGACAGCCGUGCACCAGCACUGUGGGAGCACUGCACUUAGCCCUCAAGCGCUUGCUCUGCCUCCAAAGGUCCUCUCCGACGUCAUCUUUCGACAUCUGUUGAGGGAUGUAUGCGAUUGGUCAAAUUGGGACAUGACGAAGGACCUCACAAAAGCGUGGCAUGAUGCCGUGCUGCGAGCUGUGCUGCGCAAAGGUGGCCUAUCACAGACGAAGGAUAAGGGUUCGGGUGCGGUUGCGGAACACGCAAGUCCGCAGUUGGACGAUUCUCUGCCUGCUGUGCAGGUGGCUAAAGGUGUGCUCUGGUCUGACAUUGCUUGUGCCGGCCCUACCAAGGCGCAGUUGAUGCGCGCAAAAGAAGAUUGGGAGAAAGCGGGCAGACCGUUGCCCCGCGCCAUCAGAGAGGAACAGGAGAAGAAGAGCAAGGUCGUGGUGAACACGCUCAAUGUCAAGCGCAAGAAAAAACCGUGA